CGAUUAAGUUAACGACACAAAUAACCCAUGCAAAGUAAAAUAUAAAUAUACUUAUAUAUAUAUACACUUAAAGCUGCAGUGCAAAAGUUUAUACAUUUUAGUACAGCGAUCGGGAUGUGUUUUUUGAAGCGGAUAGUGACUUUAUUAGUGUACAUUAACAUUGUAUCAGGAGCUCAUGGCUCGCUUUGCUCGGUGGAGAAUCGAACCGCAGACCUGUCAGCAUGUCUAGAGAAGAUAAGAGAAUUCCUGUUCGUACCAAACAAGUUCUGGUUUGGCUCUGAUUAUUCACAGAGGUGCCCGAAUAAUGAGGACAGCGGCGUGUUUUGUAUGAAUCCGAAACCAUCUGCUCAAAGUAUACAAGUUAGACUGUUCCCUUCUACGGAAUACACGGCGGGACUUGACCGAUUUCUGGAGAUGGAGUUUCAAUCUGAGGGAAAGAACUACAAAGCAUGUGGGAACACAUAUAAAACGACGGAAUCCUGGAGUUACAGCGCGGAUCCACUUUCCGACAUGGUUGUCUACCCUUGGUAUGUGAAAAACUUCCCCAUUUCCGUCAAGUGGAAUUAUACGGUCGGGGACUACUUUACGUUGAUGGUAUAUGAUGCCGGGUAUUUGACAUCCAACGGUCUCCAUAUAAAUAUACAGCAUGAUGACAUCACUUCUGGUGAGGUGGUUCGACACUAUGGGCAGCCGCUUAUUGGUACAGAUAUCAAAAACCCCUACGUAUUUAUGCUGUUCAAACAAAACGGCAUGAUUACUCUGUCUGAGGCUUGGAGGGAAAAAUUUACUACCGGAAAUGUAGCCGGGGCCUGGACUAUUGAAGAUUUUACAACAGCCGUAAAUAUGAGCGGUCUAGUAGCAGUAAAUUGGAUUGUCGUGAGCGGGGAUGAGUGGAUUGCCCAGAAAAUGUUGGACACACAAGGACCCUAUUCUCUCUGCCCAUUAUAUGCAACAAAAGCGUUGCUUGAAAAACCACGCCCAUUUAUUCCAAGUAACACCCAGCUGUCUGUGUGGAUAGAUUUCAAGUUUAUGGUUGACGUCAGCUCUACAAUCAACGUCUGCUGCAAGACGUCAACAUACACGCCACGUAACUUCACACUAAAUCCCAUUGGAAACGAGCUCCUUAGCACGUAUGACGUGAGAAGUGAAACACCACAUGUUCUUUCUUUCUCAAAGCUAGGGUUAUAUGCCGAACGUCAUAAUUUCACAGGUGAUAUGUAUACGAUCAUAGCCAUUGAUCCGGAUGUACCCCUGCCAACAGUGGGCACACCAGAGAGGCCGAUUCUGCAUGGCCUUGUUACGAACAUCGUAAACGGAAACUUAAAAGAAGGAGAAAAAGGCUUGUCUUGGACUGGGCCAUAUCCACCAAACGACAGUCCCCACUAUUAUUACACCUUGUUAUACAAACAACAAUCAGCAAUAAAUGCCACUGAACUGAUGUAUAAAUACGCUGGAGACUGUGAAGAACGUCUGGCAGGAAGAUGUUUGUAUAACAUUAAUCAAGCUGUCCAUGAUAAUAACCUCGUUUUAGUAGGAGCCACGUGGUUUAGAUCGCAAAAAGAUGCGUAUGUAUUGGAGAGGCAACUGAACGCUACCGGAAGUGUAGAAGCGGAAGUGUGUAAAGGCCAGCCUGGAUAUAAAGACCCAUGUACAACAAGCGCUGCACCAACGUCACUUUCUUCCAUUCUCAAAGCGUGCACAUUUUGGUUGAUUUCAACCGUGACAAUGAGCUUCGUAAAAAGUUGUUGAUUCAGAUGACAAUUUCCAGUUAUUGCUAUCGCAAUGAAAUAGCAAAUUUUUAUUCUAAUCAUUUAAGAAUAAUGAAGAUUUUCCAUGAUCAUAAUGUUAAUCGAUUGCCACAAGCAAUAAAGAAGUCAUUCAGAAAUC